GGAAUGAACAGGUUCAGGAAUUCCAUCCUGGAUUUAGGGAAUGAGCAGGCUCAGUGACUCGUGAUCCAUCCUGGAUUUAGGGAAUGAGCAGGCUCAGGUAAUCCAUCCUGGAUUUGGGGAAUGAGCAGGCUCAGGUAAUCCAUCCUGGAUUUAGGGAAUGAGCAGGCUCAGGUGAUCCAUCCUGGAUUUAGGGAAUGAGCAGGUUCAGUGACUCAUAAUCCAUCCUGGAUUUAGGGAAUGAGCAGGUUUAGGUAAUCCAUCCUGGAUUUAGGGAAUGAGCAGGCUCAGGGACUCGUAAUCCAUCCUGGAUUUGGGAAUGAGCAGGUUCAGGUAAUCCAUCCUGGAUUUGGGGAAUGAGCAGGCUCAGGGACUCAUAAUCCAUCCUGGAUUUGGGGAAUGAGCAGGCUCAGGUAAUCCAUCCUGGAUUUGGGGAAUGAGCAGGCUCAGUGACUUGUGAUCCAUCCUGGAUUUAGGGAAUGAGCAGGCUCAGGUAAUCCAUCCUGGAUUUAGGGAAUGAGCAGGUUCAGGAAUUCCAUCCUGGAUUUAGGAAAUGAGCAGGUUCAGUUACUCGUGAUCCAUCCUGGAUUUAGGGAAUGAGCAGGUUCAGGUAAUCCAUCCUGGAUUUAGGGAAUGAGCAGGCUCAGGUUAUCCAUCCUGGAUUUGGGGAAUGAGCAGGCUCAGGAAUUCCAUCCUGGAUUUAGGGAAUGAGCAGGCUCAGGUUAUCCAUCCUGGAUUUGGGGAAUGAGCAGGCUCAGUGACUCGUGAUCCAUCCUGGAUUUGGGGAAUGAGCAGGUUCAGUGACUCGUGAUCCAUCCUGGAUUUGGGGAUUGAGCAAAUUCAGCUUCAGGCACGGAGGAUGAUGGUUGAGAUCCCACCUGGGGAGAUCCCAGGGAUGAUCCCUGAUCCCAAUUCCCAAGGCUGCGCUUUGGGGCACAGCGGAUCCCGACGUGAAUUGGAGCAUGAUUAAAACUGGGAAAUGCCAAUUUUUCCGCGGCCAGGAGCAAACCCAGGGAGAAAACAAGGAACGAACAAGCUGGAAAAGUGUCAGGGCUGCCUUCCCGUGCCCGCUGAGCUUGGGGACAACGCCAGCCACAAUUCCGGGGGCCGCUCCGGCGGGUCCCCGUGACCGUCACAUGCCGGGGGGGAUGAGGGGGCAGCGAUCCCGGCGGGAUGGCCCCAACCACCCCUGGGCUGACCCUGCUCCGUGUUUCUGCUGGAUUUGCAGACAGCAGCUGGCUGCUGGGGGCCCCGUGCCCGGGCUACGGGACGCUGCAGCGGGACUCGGACGUGCCCCACAUGGAGGUGUGGGGGUACCAGCGGCGGCCCUGGCGGGUGCUGCUGUGCCACGCGGGCUCCGUGCUGAGCGCGGGGCUGCUCCUGCUGCUCUUCCACUGGAAACCCAACCUGGAGGUGCAGGCCAAGUGCCGGCCCUGCGCCCUGGGCCAGGCCGACUGGCUCAUCAUCAGGGACCGUUUCGGGCAGUGCUUCACCACCCGGGUGCUGACGGAGCCGCUGGGCGAGGCGGGCCUGGAGCAGCACCCCGGGGCGCAGCCCGAGCGCGGCAGUGGCAGUGUGACGGUGGCGGUGGCGGUGGCAGAUGAGGAGGAGAGCCGUGACACCGUGCGGCUGCACGACAAGGACGAGAAGAACCUCCUGAGGUAUUACCUGUUCCAGGGAAUGCGCUACGUGUGGCUGGAGCGGCGGCAGGCCUUCUGCAGGGUCAGCGUGCUGGACGAGGGCUGGACCUGCGCAGAGCUGCACCUGAGCCGGGCCGGGCUGCAGCAGCAGGAGCACGGCACCAGGAGGAAGAUCUACGGCCCCAAUCUCAUCGAGGUGCCCGUCAAGUCCUACGCCAGGCUCCUGGUGGAGGAGGUGCUCAACCCCUUCUACCUGUUCCAAGUGCUCAGCAUGGUGCUGUGGGUGUGUGACGCCUACUACUACUACGCCGCCUGCAUCUUCCUCAUCUCCACCCUCUCGCUGGGGCUGUCCCUCUACGAGACACGCAAGCAAAGCACCACGCUGAGGAACAUGGCCAGGAUGUCCGUGCAGGUCCAGGUCCGGCGGCCCGGGGGAGAGGAGCUGCUGGUCAGCUCGGCGGAGCUGGUGCCCGGGGACUGCAUCCGGCUGCCGGCGGCCGGGGCGCUGCUGCCCUGCGACGCUGCGCUGCUGAGCGGGGAGUGCAUGGUCAACGAGAGCCUGCUGACCGGGGAGAGCGUGCCGGUGAUGAAGACGCCGCUGCCGGCGGGGAGAGCCGUGUACUGCCCCGAGGAGCACCGGCGGCACACGCUGUUCUGCGGGACGCAGGUCAUCCAGGCCAAGGCCUACGUGGGCGGGGAGGUGCUGGCCGUGGUCACCCGCACAGGGUUCUGCACGGCCAAGGGGGACCUCAUCAGCUCCAUCCUCUACCCCAAACCCGUCAGCUUCAAGUUCUACAAGGACGCCGUCAAGUUUGUGCUGUUCCUCGCCAUGCUGGCUCUCAUCGGCACCUUGUACAGCGUCCUCAUCCUGGUGAGGAACCAGGUCCCCGUGGGACAAAUCAUCAUCCGCGCCCUGGACCUGGUCACCGUCAUCGUGCCGCCGGCGCUGCCGGCCGCCGUGACCGUGGGCACCAUCUACGCGCAGAACCGGCUGAAGAAGCAGGGGAUCUUCUGCAUCAGCCCCCCGCGCAUCAACCUCUGCGGGAAGAUCCGCCUGGUGUGCUUCGACAAGACCGGGACGCUGACCCAGGAGGGGCUGGACGUGUGGGGCGUGGUGCCCCUGGAGCAGCAGCGCUUCCUGCCCAUGGUGCGCGAGCCCCGCUGCCUGCCCGCCGGCGCCCUGCUCUACGCCCUGGCCACCUGCCACGCCGUGGCACCGCUGCGGGGACAGCUCGUCGGGGACCCCGUGGACCUCAAAAUGCUGGAAUCCACCGGCUGGCGCCUGGAGAUGAUGGAGGAGGAGGAGGAGGAGGAGGAAGGGGAGCUCCCGGCGGCGUUCCGGCAGUUCGAGGUGAAGGUCUUGGCCGUGGUGAAACCUCCGCCAGAGGAGGAGCAGCCUCGGGACAGGAGGCACCAGGCCCCGCUGGGGAUCCUGCGGCGUUUCCCGUUCUCCUCGUCCCUGCAGAGGAUGAGCGUCCUGGUCAAGCUGCCCAGAGAGGCCUCGGCCCACGCCUUCGUCAAGGGCGCCCCGGAGAUGGUGGCCAGUCUGUGCAGGAGGGAAACUGUGCCCCCGGAUUUCUCCCAGGUGCUCCGGCACUACACCGCCGACGGGUUCCGGGUCCUGGCUCUGGCCUGCAAAGCCCUGGGCACGGUGGCCACCUUUGAGGAGGCCCUGCAGCUCCCCAGGGACUCCGUGGAGAGCGGCCUGACCUUCCUGGGGUUCCUGGUGAUGAAGAACGUGCUGAAGCCGGAGUCUGCCCCGGUGAUCCAGCUGCUGAGGAGCGCCAACAUCCGCCCCGUCAUGGUGACAGGGGACAACAUGCUGACAGCCAUGAAUGUGGCGCGGGGGUGCCGCAUGGUGGAGCCCAGGGAGGGCGUGAUCUUCGUCACGGCCUCGCCGCCCGGCCACGACAAACCCGCCGCCCUCAAGUUCGUCCUGGCCGAGCACUCCCAGGGCGAGGAGCAGCCCGAGGGCCUGCAGCAGCAGGACGGCUCCUCCCUCCCACCCCGGCACUGCCACUUCGCCCUCAACGGGAAAUCCUUCCAGGUGGUCUGCGAGCACUUCUCCGAGCUGCUGCCCAGGAUCCUGCUCCGUGCCACGGUGUUCGCGCGCAUGCUGCCCGAGCAGAAGACCCAGCUGGUCUGCAGCCUGCAGGAGCUCAACUACUGCGUGGGGAUGUGCGGGGACGGCGCCAACGACUGCGGGGCGCUGCGGGCGGCCGACGUCGGCAUCUCUCUGUCCGAGGCCGAGGCGUCGGUGGCCUCGCCCUUCACCUCCCGCGUGGCCACCAUCGAGUGCGUGCCCAGGGUCAUCCGGGAGGGCCGGUGCUCCUUGGUCACCUCCUUCGGGGUCUUCAAGUACAUGGCCCUGUACAGCCUGGUCCAGUUCGUGUCCGUGCUCCUGCUCUACACCAUCAACACCAACCUGAGUGAUUUCCAGUUCCUGUUCUUCGACCUGGUGAUCACCACCACGGUGGCCGUGCUGAUGGGGCGCACGGGGCCAGCGCUGGCGCUGGGCGUGCGGCGCCCGCAGGGAGCCCUGAUCAGCGGGCUGGUGCUGGGCAGCCUCCUGCUGCAGACAGCCCUGCUGGUCACUGUGCAGCUCCUCAGCUACUUCAUCACCGUCUCACAGAGCUGGUAUGUCCCCCUGAACAGCACGGUGACAGCGCCCCAGAACCUGCCCAACUACGAGAACACCGUCCUGUUCUGCGUCAGCGGCUUCCAGUACCUCAUCCUGGCCGUGGCCAUGUCCAAGGGCUACCCCUUCCGGGAGCCACUCUACACCAACGUGCUCUUCCUGCUCGUCCUCAUCCUGCUCUUCGGCCUGAUGAUCUGGCUGACCCUGUACCCGCUGGGCUUCCCCAAAUCCCUGCUGAAGCUCCAGCCCAUCGAGGAUUUCAGCUUCAAGCUGCUCCUCUUGGGCAUUGCUGCCCUCAACUUCUUCGCUGCCUUCGUGCUGGAGACCGCCCUGGAUCACGGCUUGCUCGGCUGCUUCCGAAGGCUGCGCCGGAAAAAGGCCUCCAAGAAGCUUUUCAAGAGGCUGGAGAAGGAGCUGAGCCAGCAGCCGGCCUGGCCACCCCUGGACCAGCCCCUGUUUGCCACACCCAGGAUGUCCCUGGCCGUGAGAUAGCAGUGCCAGCUGUGCCACCACCCCAGCCCUCGGACACUUCCUUAAUUUAUUUAUCCCGGAAAAAGCGGGGAUGCGGCAGGCGGGAUCCCUUGGCAUCGCAGAUGUGAAUCCCACAGCCACGGUGAUCCCACGGCCAUGGUGAUCCCACAGCUACACUGGUCCCACAGCCGUGGUGAUCCCAUGGGCAGGCUGAUCCCACAGCCACCCUGAUCCCAUGGCCAGGCUGAUCCCACAGCCACGGUGAUCCUGUGGCCACAAUGAUCCCACGGUCUCGGUGAUCCCAUGGCCACACUGAUCCCACAGCCACGGUGAUCCUGUGGCCACACUGAUCUCUGAUCCCACAGCUACCCUGAUCCCAUGGCCACACUGAUCCCAUAGGCAUGGUGAUCCCAUGGCCACCCUGAUUGCCUGGCCACUCUGAUCCCUGGUCCCACAGCCACAUUGGUGCCACAGCCACCCUGAUCCCACAGCCAACCUGAUCCCAUGGCCACCCUGAUCCCAUGGCCAUGGUGAUCUUGUGGGCACACUGAUCCCACAGCCACCCUGAUCCCAUGGCUAUGGUGAUCCUGUGGCCACACUGAUCCCGUGGCCACCCUGAUUCCCUGGCCACUCUGAUCUCGAAUCCCACAGCCAUGGUGAUCCCAUGGCUACACUGCUCCCAUGGCCAUGGUGAUCCUCUGGCCACCCUGAUCCCAUGGCCACAAUGAGCCCACAGCCAUGGUGAUCCCGUGGCCACGCUGAUCCCACAACCACCCUGAUCCCACAACCACCCUGAUCCCACAACCACCCUGAUCCCGUGGCCGCAGCCCAGAGGAGCAGGAGGUGGAGGAGGAACGGGCGAGAAGAUCCAGAGGAGGAGGAGGAGGAGGAUCCAGCACGGCUCUUCCUGCAGGACUCCCCCCACUCCCAUGCUGGCCACGGUUUGAGCCUCGUGGCCAGCCCAGGCCGCCAGGAGGGGGGUCCCUGAUGUCCCCACACCCCCAGCUGUGACACUGUGAAGCCCCAGUCCCCUCUAGAUGUGUAGGGAGUUUACAGUCCCCGUUCCCAGCUCGCCAAGGCUGCUGCUCCAUCCCCAGCGCCUGGGCCCCUUCUCCGCUUGGAAUGCUCGGGCAGAGCCCCUCUGCUCGGGGCUGGGACCUCUGUAGCGUUACAGACCCCACAAAUUCUCUAUUUUUUAACUCCUUUCCCCGUCGGGAAGGCGACGGCGCCGCUCGCGGGUUCCGGACGGGGCUGUCACGGGUCUUGUCCAAUAAAUUAACACUUAUUUUC